AUGACUAUGUUUGAGAAUGUCACCCGAGCCUUGGCUAGGCAGCUGAACCCUCGGGGGGAUCUGACACCCCUAGACAGCCUCAUCGACUUCAAGCGCUUCCAUCCCUUCUGCCUGGUGCUGAGGAAGAGGAAGAGCACUCUAUUCUGGGGAGCCCGCUAUGUCCGCACCGACUACACGCUCCUGGAUGUGCUGGAGCCUGGCAACUGCCCCUCAGAUCCCACAGAUUCUGGGAACUUUAGCUUUAAGAACAUGCUGGAUGCCCGAGUGGAGGGAGACGUGGACGUGCCAAAGACAGUGAAGGUAAAAGGGACUGCAGGCCUGUCACGAAGCAGCACGCUGGAGGUCCAGACCCUCAGCGUGGCUCCCAAGGCUCUGGAGAACUUGCACAAGGAGAGGAAACUGGCAGCGGAUCACCCCUUCCUUAAGGAGAUGCGGGAUCGUGGGGAGAACCUGUACGUAGUGAUGGAGGUGGUGGAGACCGUGCAGGAAGUCACUCUGGAGAGAGCUGGCAAGGCAGAAGGCUGCUUCUCCCUUCCAUUCUUUGCCCCGCUGGGACUUCAGGGAUCCGUGAACCACAAGGAGGCUGUAACCAUCCCCAAGGGCUGUGUCCUGGCCUUUCGAGUGAGACAGCUGAUGGUCAAUGGCAAAGAUGAGUGGGAUAUUCCACACAUCUGCAAUGACAGCAUGCAGACCUUCCCUCCAGGAGAAAAGCCAGGAGAGGCAAAAUUCUUACUUAUCCAGGCAUCUGAUGUUGGGGAGAUGCAUGACGACUUCGAGACUUUAAAAGAAGAGGUUCAGAGAGAGACUCAAGAAGUGGAGAAAUUGAGUAAAGUGGGGCAGAGCUCCCUGCUCACCUCCCUCAGUAACCUCCUCGGAAAGAAAAAAGAGCUCCAAGACCUGGAACAGACGCUAGAAGGAGCUCUAGACAAGGGACACGAAGUGACCCUGGAAGCACUCCCAAAAGACGUCCUGCUGUCAAAAGAUGCCAUGGGCGCCGUCCUCUAUUUCCUUGGGGCCCUAACAGUGCUAAGUGAAGCCCAACAGAAGCUUCUUGUAAAAUCCUUGGAGAAGAAGCUCCUCCCGAUGCAGCUGAAGCUGGUUGAAAGCACCAUGGAGCAGAACUUCCUGCAAGACAAAGAGGGCGUUUUCCCUCUGCGGCCUGACCUGCUCUCCUCCCUCGGGGAGGAGGAACUGACCCUCACAGAAGCCCUAGUGGGGCUGAGCGGCCUGGAAGUCCAGAGAUCAGGCCCCCAGUACACGUGGGAUCCUGACACUCUCCCACGCCUCUGCGCCCUCUAUGCAGGGCUCUCCUUCCUUCAGCUGCUGAGCAAGGCUUCCUAA